GGGGUAUAAAGAAAGAGGAGGCCCUCUGUUCUUCCUCACACCACUUAGAUCUCUGCAGCUCCUGUUCUUCAACACCAGGUUGCUUCAUUCAUCUCCUCUUCCUCCUCCUCAGCCUCUAAAGCUCUUGUCCACAUGGCUGCACUGUGGCUCCAGUCUCUGUCCCUGCUGGUCUUGCUGGUCGUGUCCUGUCCAGGGUCUCGGGCCAUGGCCCCCCCACAGCACCUGUGCGGGUCCCACCUGGUUGAUGCCCUCUACCUGGUCUGUGGGGACCGAGGCUUCUUCUACAACCCCAAGAGAGAGGUGGACCCCCUGCUGGGCUUCCUGUCUCCAAAGGGCGAUGGUACAAAAGCGGGCACCGGCGGUGAGAACGAGGGGGCAGAGUUUGCUUUCAAGGACCAGAUGGAGAUGAUGGUGAAGCGCGGCAUCGUGGAACAGUGCUGCCACAGACCCUGCAACAUCUUUGACCUGCAGAGCUACUGCAACUGAACCAGGCCGGAUUAGCACCACUUAGCUUGCUGGCUAAACCCGUCUCAGGCGUGACGGAAGCUCUUUGCCUGUAAAGA